GGCUCCGUGGGUGAAACAUUGGAUGCCCCUGGAGGGAAAACAUCCCUACGUCCCGGGGAUUCCGUAUGUCGUUGGCGGAUCUACCGCUACCCUGAUUGGUGGAAUCCGACAGGAAGGACGGUGGGACUUACGUAAUGACCCACGUGACACCAAAACGAUUUGGGACGGCGUUGCGACUGCAUUCCCCGCACUCAAGGAUGCAGAAGUGAUAGAAGAGAGGACUGGUCUGAGGCCGAUGAGGGAGGAAAUCAGACUGGAGAGACAGGAGAAAACGGAUCCGGUAUCAGGGAGAACUGUUCAGGUUAUCCACAAUUACGGCCAUGGGGCCAAUGGCAUCACCUGGUCCCACGGAUGUGCUAAAGAGGUCGCGCUCAUGGUGAAGCAACUUCUGCAGGAGAAGACUAUCAAAUCCCGUCUCUGAGUCCAAAGUACGGUAAUGUGACCUCUGUAAAUAAUUUUGUCAGGUAAUUAUUUGGCAAUACAAAUGUUUUAACAAUAAUUUAUAUAAAAAUAACUUAUAUCCAUACAUAAUAUUUGACAACCAUAUAAACACUGGCGGCCUGUGGUUCAGAUUCUCAAAUCAUAGUGUUAGUAAGUGACCCGAUAUAUUUUGAUCUGUACUCAGUAUGAACAAUAGCAUGAAUAACUGUUUAC